AUGUCGACGUUGUCGAACCAGAUUUCUAUCACGAGCUUAUUGAGGUAUAUGAUGGAUUUGGCGGCUAAUGGUUUAGAAAAAACCUCUGCUAAAGUAAGGCGAGAGGCGAUGAUUAGCAAACUACAGAACAUGCAAUGGCUGAAAAAUACGUCCCAUCCGGCAAGCAUACUAAAAACUCACUGUAAGCCAAGAAGAGGUCAUGAAGAGGAUAACAAGGUAGAAGGUAAGAUUCCUGCGAUGGAAGAUAGCAACGCUAAUUCAGCUGAAGAGACCCGUGAAUACUAUUUAACAGUGAAUAUACAUAUGAGAGAUUUAUCUAGCGACUCGAUGGCUAAAAGUGACAGAAAUUUACAGGAUAAAAAUAUGAAUAAAUCUAACAUAUUUCCAAAUGCUCACGUAUCGGUUAUGCAAAAGGCAGAAGAAGAAGAAUCAAGCAUGGCUAUUCAAGAAAAUCUUGCAACAGUACAGUUGGAAAAUCAAUGCCAUGUAGAUAAGGAACGGAAAGAUCAAGGAAAUAUGUCGCAAAAUGCCCUUGAAGACAAGACACAGAAUGUCACAUGUUCGAAAUUUCCGGAGUCGCAAGAUCAUGAUGCGAAAGAAUUGGAUUUAACAAAUGAUUCUGGUAAAAAUAAUAAUGCCAAACUCACUACAUUAGAUGUGUCAAAAGCAAUUACAUCGGAAUCAUCGGGAAACGAUAAGGCAUCGGUGGAACCGAAGGAUAAAGACGCGUGUAUGAAGAAGACCCUCACUUCGUUGAGAACAAACAUCAAGAACGCAAGUACAACAAGUUUAUCUAAAUGUUGCAACGACAAACCUUCCACCCUUUUCACCAAUUCUAAGAGAUCGUUUUCCAAUCUAUCGAAAUCGCCGAUCACCGAUAAGAGCGGAAGAGGCGAACGUGCCAGCGGCAAGCGUGUAUUCAGAAAGAAGACUUGCCCAAAGGAUGAAUUUGUAAGACAACACGGUGCAACGAAAGGAAUGGAAAAUAAAACAAAGGAUACCGCUGCAGGUCUGCCGAAGGCAGAUGAGAAGGUACCGAAUAAAACAGCAGAUACAAGCCAGAACGAUCAGAAAGCGCAGAGUUCAUCCUGUCCCGCCUCUUCAAAUAAGGACAAAAUAUCGCAGGUUCAACAACGAAUAACUACAAGACAGUUCACGCCGAAGAGCAAAGGGCAGAAGUCCUCGAGAGGUAACGCAUCGAUUGACCGCGGUGUCGAUAAAAAUAAGGCCCCAGAUAGAACGGAGAAAGCGGUGCCUGCGUGCAGGAACUCCGACUCGCCUAAGCGCGAGAGGAGGAGCGGCGAGAAAAAUCCUCCGAGCGAUCCGAAGCCCUAUGUCGCCACCAGGAACACCACGUUUGUCGCGCCAUACAAAAACUCAACAUUGUGGAGGCGACCUGCGAAGACCAAGAGCGUCGCUCCAGUUUGCGGGAGAAACCCGUUGUACGCACGACGUAGCAACGCAACACCCGAGCGCGCCGGUACCGUCGGGAAGAUGAAUCGAGACUGCCCGCCGGUCGACGUAUCUCCCAGCUUGGACACGAGGGCCGAAGAGCCGAGCAAUUUCGAGUCUGACGUGAAGCAGCAACGCGAGAGAGACGGUUAUGAGCCGGCCAAGUCGCCCGACGCGUCGAUUCUCAACAUCGACGAUAACGGAAAUUCCACAGGAGACAAGAAGCCAGCGGCGAGUGUUGAGGAUCACGCGAGACACGUGGCGUCGGGAGAAAGCUGUCCGAACGAAAAGGCGCUCGACAGAACCGAUCCGACAGACGUGGACGACGAAGGGAUGAAGCCGUCGAAGGACUCGUUGACCAAGAGCUACGCAGGAUCGCCGAUGAGCCAGCAGCAUAUAUACAAGCCGGAGGACACCCAGCAGCAGACGCAGAUGAGAAGUCGGCCGGUCAUCUGGAACAAGCCGUCCGAGGAGCGCGACGAGCGUGCAGCGAUUUUACGAGCAGCAGUGUCCGCCGAUGAGCGACACGCGGCUGCCGCAGAACACCUUCGACCACGUGGCGCAGCCAUCGACCGGCGACGCCGUCACCAUGUUCGACGCGAUAAACGGCAAUGGAGAGAGAGCUCGCAGAGGCCCUUCACGCCGGGCCAGCCGGCGAGUCAGAUCGGUAGAUGGAACUUCCCGGUGCAGGACGGCUUCCACACCGUGCCGCCCAACGUGGCCGACCAGUCGAACAGUUACAACGACCAGCUGCCGGCCAACGUGCGCACGAACCCGAGCUACGUGAAGGGUAUGUAUGAGCCGGGGAACACCGACGACGCGAGGUCCAAUCGCUACUACAACAAAAGGUACAACUGCCCGCGUACAACUGCCUACGACGUUCCCCAGUACGCGACGCCGCAUCCGCCGGUCUCACCAGCCCAGCAGCAGUCUUUCGCGGCUAUGAAUCAGUACAACGUCUUCGGAGGCCAGAGGUAUUACAAGCAGAACGCGAUGAACUACGCGCAGUCACGUCCCAAGAAGACGCAGGACCGUGAGGACGGCAGUCUGGAGGACGCCCUGCCUAUCAUAUUGCCGAAGGAGUUCAUGACGAACAGCGUUAACAUCCCAAACAAGACCGACCAGCUCCCGCCGCGUAUGUUUAUGCAAGACUUGAGAAUGAGAUUCAGAAUGAGGCAGAACACGGGAUACCGCCAGUCACCGUUCCAGAGCGGCGGCUUCCGCGAGAACGUACCGUGCGAUGACUUCCCGAAGGAGUACCACGCGUCCUUCGUCGGCCGCCGCAUCGUCAAGACCAUCCAGAUCACGUAA